GCGCCCCGCGCCCCGCGCCCCGCGCCGCCGCCACCACCACCAUGGGCGCCUGCUUGGGCGCCUUCACCCUGAUCGCCUGCGCCUCCUGCCUCUGCGGCGGGUCCCCCUGCAUCCUAUGCAGCUGCUGCCCGUCCAGCCCCAACUCCAUCGUGUCCCGCCUCCUCUUCACCCUCUUCCUUUUCCUGGGGGUGCUGGUGUGCAUCGUGAUGCUGCUGCCAGCAGUGGAGAGUCAACUGUACAAGCUGCCCUGGGUGUGCGAGGACCCCGGGGCCUUCAUCAUCACUCAGGGCUUCAUCGACUGUGGCUCUCUGCUGGGCCACCGCGCCGUCUACCGCAUGUGCUUCGCCAUGGCCAUCUUCUUCCUCCUGUUCGCGCUCCUUAUGCUCUGCGUGCGCAGCAGCCGCGACCCCAGGGCUGCCAUCCAGAAUGGGUUUUGGUUCUUUAAGUUCCUGCUCUUCGUGGGUAUCACCGUGGGCUCCUUCUACAUCCCUGACGGCUCUUUCACGGACAGCUUGUUCUACUGUGGCAUGGUGGGCUCCUUCAUCUUCAUCCUCAUCCAGCUGCUGCUGUUCAUCGACUUCGCACACUGCUGGAACCAGCGGUGGCUGUGGAAGGCCGAGGAGUGCGACUCGCGUGCCUGGUAUGCAGGCCUCUUCUUCUUCACCUUCUUCUUCUACACGCUGUCCCUCGCCGCCGUGGCUUUGAUGUUCAUCUACUACACCCAUCCUGGGGGCUGCCACGAGGGCAAGAUCUUCAUCAGCCUCAAUCUCACCUUCUGUGUCUGCAUCUCCAUCGUCUCCAUCCUGCCCAAGAUCCAGGAUUGCCAGCCCAACUCGGGCCUGCUGCAGGCCUCAGUCGUCACCCUCUACACCAUGUUUGUCACCUGGAUGGCGCUGUCCAAUGUCCCUGACCAGAAAUGCAACCCCCACCUGCUGACCCAUUAUAGCAACGGGACGAUCCCCGAUGGCUAUAAGACGCACUGGUGGGAUGCGCCGAGCAUCGUGGGGCUCAUCAUCUUCAUCCUGUGCACCCUCUUCAUCAGCCUGCGCUCCUCAGACCACCCACAGGUGAACAGCCUGAUGCAGACGGAGGAGAACGUGGCCACGGUGCAGGUGAUGCAGCAGCGGCAGCAGGUGGUGACCACCGAGCACCGGGCCUACGACAAUGAGCAGGACAGUGUCUGCUACAGCUACUCCUUCUUCCACUGCUGCCUGCUGCUUGCCUCGCUGUACAUCAUGAUGACGCUGACCAACUGGUACAGGCCUGGCGAGACCCGGAAGAUGAUCACCACGUGGACGGCCGUGUGGGUGAAGAUGUGCGCCAGCUGGGCGGGGCUGCUGCUCUACCUGUGGACGCUGGUGGCCCCGCUCCUCCUGCCGCAGCGAGACUUCAGCUGA